AAAAGAACGACGUAAAGACAUCAUGACAGAGGUAUCAACCGCAGCUGAAGCAGGAAGAGGAGGAAUGAUCCAGCAAGAUACAAACAAGAAAAAUAAGACAAAAUUUGUGCGCAGAGUAGUGCCUUCAAAGGCGCCGCGUCGCCUAUUGAGACGAAAGCUUCGUGAUCUGGAGCGACUCAUCAAGAAUAAGAAUAGAGAUGCAGUCAAGGAUCUGCCGCAAGAGGUCAUUGAGGAAACAGAAAAAAAAAUGGAUGAUAUCAAGAAGCAACUCGAAGCCCUUGGACCCGAGGUCUCGGUGCCAACACAGGCACCAGCAAAGGCAUCUAAAAAGCCAAAGAAAGUAAAAAAACCAUCCUCUUCUAGUAAACCUAGUGGAAUCAGAAUAACAGAAAUGAGAAGAGCCAGACGAAAAAUGAUAGCCUUCAUAAAACAACAUCCCAACUAUAAGGAUUCUGAAGAGGAAUCAAAAACGUUCGCAGAAAUUCAUCUCGAUCUCAUGUAUACUAAGAAUUUCCCCAGGAAUGAAGAAUACAUUACCAUUUAUCCGGAAUCACCUCUUACGGACGAGGGUUUACUCAAGAGACAAGCAGAGAUCAGGGAAAGCAUCAAGGUGGCACAGGCCACUGGUAAGAUCAAUCCGCUGAAAGCGAAUAAAAGUAAGGCAGAUAAUGAGAAUGCAACAUCGAAAAGUGUGCUUGGAAAGCAUCCUGCCAACAAUUGGAGCGAUGACAAUGAAGAUGACACACAGGAUGACGAAGAUAACGGGUAUGAUGAAGACGAAGAUACCACCAGGAGCACAGCAGUCGAUAGUAGUAAUGAUAAUAAUGAAGGCAAUGAUGAUGAAGAGGAUGAUGAUGAUGAGGAAGAGGAGGAGGAAGAGGAGGAGGAAGAGGAGGACAAGCACAGGUCAAAGAAGCAAAGAUCAAAAUAA